AAAAAGAGUUCCCUCUGAUUUUUCAAACUCGAAGGAACGCGCGAUAAUAUGUUACUUUCUUUUUUCUUAAUACAAACCGUCGUCGCGAGUGUUUUCGUUUGCGCACAAGAUGCCCACACGAAAAUCGUCGGUGGCGCUGCGGCCGAGGACGGACAGUUUCCUUACCAAGUGUCGCUUCGAAUAAAAAACCGUCACUUUUGCGGUGGCUCGGUCAUCGAAAAGCGCUGGAUUCUUACGGCUGCUCACUGUUUGUCAGGUUUCAACGACACUGCAAUAACAGUAGUUACAGGAACAAACACACUGGACGAGGGUGGGGACGAGUACAAAUCGGUGAAAAUAAUACCUCACUCGAAGUGGAACUCUUUGUUGAUUAGAAACGAUAUAGGACUGAUUCGAGUCGACAAAGACAUUGUUUACGGCGACAAAGUGAAGCCCGUGUCCCUGGCGAGAGAGAAUUUCAAAAAGUCCGAUUACCCAGCAGUUUUAUCGGGAUGGGGAAAAACCGAGCAUCCUGGAACAAUACCAAACAAGUUACAGUACAUAAAGCUGAACGUGAUAGACCAGCGUGAGUGCCUGAAUACGAGUUUCCGUGUCACCGACAACAAUAUAUGUACUCUGAACAAGGAGGGUGAAGGGGCUUGUCACGGUGAUUCGGGCGGUCCACUGGUGGCUGACGAAGUGCAAAUCGGGGUCGUGUCUUGGGGGCGUCCAUGUGCGAAAGGGCGUCCGGACGUGUUUACACGAGUGUCCAGUUACAAGGAUUGGAUCGAUGAGCACACAAAAGAAUGAGGGGAAAAGCCGAGGCGAAGAAAGGCCCGCGACGGAAGAAUUUCUUGGAGAUGGAGAAAAAACGGAUUGAGACGAAAAC